UAUUUUAGUUAGUUCGAAAACUUCUCGCGCCGAACGCACGUCUUAGCACCCCGCACUCUAAUUUCGGUCUUAAUUUUUAACGAUUACGGUUAAUUAUUUAGUGCAUUUAUUAGUGAUAAUUUACGGACUGUGUUUUAUAGAAAUUUUGGUGUUUUUUGUUGUUUAUUUAAUUUAAAACAGCACUGGCCCGCGUUGGUAGAUGUGUCAACUGCCGCCAUAUUGUCUCUUUUGUUUUGUUUGCAUAUCAAAUAAAACCAUCGACGUAACUAAACGAUAGUGUAAACAGUGAAAUAAACCUCGAAAAACUGGAUCAAGAUGAUGACUAUCAGCGAGAGUCAGUACUCCUCGAACAAGAUGUCCAGCAUCCAUAAAAUCAACGACCGGAUCGUGCAUCGCGACAGCUACGAUGACGUCAAAUCCUCGUCAAGCGUGAACAGCGCCCUCGUCACCAAACGAGGGUUCAAGCCUUCAGACAUGUUCGACCCUCAAAAAAAAGAGUUCCUCACAAACCUCAGUUACAAACUUUUCCCUAAUGACGGCGAGCUGGCGCGCGAGAUGCCACUCCCUAUGGAGCUGCCACCACUUGGCAUCGGACCGUUUCACAUCUCCAAGUCUUUAAGUGACUCCAGCAACCACAUGAGCCGGGGGCAGAGCAUGUACGUCAACAGAAAGAAGCGCUCCAUCAAGUGGGUGCACGAGGGACGAGGUCGAAACACAUCCAACACCUGCUCCACGCCGACGCCAGUGGCCAACCACGACACAGCCUACCGCCCGCCAUCCAGUGGACGCAACCAGAAGACCUACCCGAAAUCGGCUCUAAAACACUCCUAUAUCCCCAAAAUGGAGCCCUUCCCGGUAUCACCCCCCACCAUAACGCUACAAAACGUCGAAAUCCCCGUGCCUAUGGCCCCAACAAAACUCAACGAUGUCUAUGCUUCUCCAAAAAGUCCCCGGCUACCCCUUGUCUGUGGGCCGAACUUCAACGUAGCGCCGCGCGGUUGGGGCGAAAUGAAGGAGUACUACAGACCAGUGACACUAGAUGGUGUUGGCAACUCGCCGCUCCCGUACACAGAUUAUUAAACUAUUUUAGGUAGAGUUGGUGCUCGGUGGUUUCAGGCAUGUAAGAAAAAGAAUCUAAAAGAAAAACUUUUUUAGGGUGUGUCUACACCGGGCGCAUAAGCUCGUGAGGCACACUUGACAUCUCAGGUGUAGGGUAAGUAGGAUGUCGUCUUUUUGCAUGACGAGGACGACAUAAGUUGAAGAUAUAAGUAGUAAUGUAGAGUUUUGACGAAAUUCGAUAUUGGCUCUACCAAACUCCAUUGAGCAAAGAGCGUGUCUAAUAAAUGUAACAACCAUCGCCCAUAUUGAUGAUGAAUGAUGAUACAAGAGCCAUUUUAAUGAAGACCUGAGCCCUUUUACUUUUAACUAAGAAUCAUGUUUCGGCUCUUCAGCAGUUACAGCUGAAAAGAUGAUGAUGAAUAUGAUGAUGAUAAUAGAGCCUGAACACUUAUUCAAAAUGUCGACAAAACAGCCGGGCACUAUUUUACACAUUAAGGUCAAUAUUAAGAUAAUUAAUUAAGUUUUUAUACAGAGCUUAAUAAUGUGGAGUAACUAUAUUAGUCAGUAAGAAUUAUUAAUAUUACAUCAUCUGUAGAAGUUAUUAAAUAAAACGCACAAAAAAGUCUAUAAGGUAACGUUGUUUUAAUUUAAGUUAUUAAUCUUUUGGUGGGGAUAUUUUAUAACGUUUUAGUAAACUAUGUUUGUAGAGGGUUAUAGGGGACAACGUCCAAUCUAUAUAUUAUUUCUACAGAUUUUAAAGGCCCAUGAUGUCUCACUGCUGGGCACAGGAACCAGGUCAAUCCAAAUAAUAUCUAUGUAUUUAGAAGACCAAUCAAUGUGGCCUUCCAAAUACGACGCCACCUCUUUCUAGCUUAAUAAAAAUUAUAAAAAACUAAGAACUAAAAAAUAUAUUAUUUGUAUUAAAUAUGCUAAGUAAAAGGUACGCUGUAUACUUUACUGGAAGUGUAUAAACUAGUCAUAUUUAUUUUUAGUUUAAUUUAAAGAAAUAUUAUUAAAUUAUUUUAUCAAUUGAAUUAAUACUUGUUUUUGUUUCGUUUAAAAUAAUUUAGUAUAACAAACUUUGUUGCAAAUAGUUACCAUAGGAAAACUUUAAUAAAAAUGUGUAUUUAAUUAUAUAAGAACUUAUCGUAAGACGUAGUUUUUUAUUAAAUUCUAACUCUACAAAAAAAAACAGCCAGUUGAGAGAGACGACACAGAAAUAAAUAUUUUAGUGAAUAUUAAUUUUACAUUAAAAAUACAUGUUUAACCAUUUAUAAACUGAUAGGUUCAUUAAAAGUUAUAAAUUGCUUUUGGUGAAUGAAAGGGAAUAAUUUUAACUGAAUUAUUUAAUAAAAUCUGUGUUUUCUACUGAUUAUAAAAAACUAAAGAAAAUGUUUCCUAAAAAACUUAGUGAAAGGAUAGUUCUCUUAUUUAUUCGAUGUGAUCUUGAUAUUU